AUGGUCGCCGAUCCAAAGUCUCUCCCCACAACAGGUCAUAUGGAAAUAUGCAAUACAUAUGAACUCGCCAAAUUCACCAAAUCAAACCUCGCUCCUCUUACCGGACCACGAUCCAAACAACCACUAGAACAAAUCCACUCAUAUCUGUGCGACAAGUUUUCCAUUCCUUCUCUUCGCGGUUUUAGUUAUUAUAUUACUUUCAUCGACGAUUACUCCAAGUACGCUCACCUCUACUUCCUUAAAAAGAAGUCAGAUGCAGCAGCUGCCACACAACGGCACAUUGCAUACAUGGAAAAUCAAAUAGACAAAACGGUCAAAUGGUUUCGAAGUGACAAUGGUGGCGAAUACAUCUCCAACGACCUCCAACAGUUCUUUGCCACCAAAGACAUAAAACAUGAAUUCACUAUACGCUACUCUCAUGAGUCAAACGGAACAGCAAAACACUUUAACAAAAUGAUAGCAACAAUGACACGAUCCGCUUUGCUCGACCAUGAUCUCCCACGGAAUCUAUGGGCAGAAGCGAUGAAUACAAUGGUGCAUUUCAAGAAUCAUCUCCCACAUAAAGCAUUCCCGAAUAUGACACCAUACGAAGCAGUUACUGGCAAGAAACUCUUCAUUGGGCAUCUCUAA